AUGGGUGUUGUCAACCCGAAGAGAAGAAUCGAGGAGUAUAUUGAUGACAACGUUGAAAUCACUUUCUUUGAUCGUUUCUAUAACUGGGAAGUUGCGGCAGGAUCGUAUAUAGUGCGGAAUACAAAGUGGGCACAGAAUUUUCUCAAAGGUUUCGCUGACUACGAAUAUAGACUACCGGCUCAAUACCAUGGCACAGACAAUGGAGCAUUGCAUGCUUACCUCGCCGAAGUCCUAUACAGCAAGGAAAGAAAGAGCGAACUGGCAUUCUGUCUGCACAUUUAUUACAAUUUGAAAAGCUACGAAGAUCUAUUCACAUUUCAAGCAUGUGUUCGCGCGAUGAUGGGACUGAACACAGUCAUAGGAAAUAUAAAAAUUUUCAAAAAAGUAAGUGGAUUUUAA